AUGCCGUCAGUCUUCCGUAUGAACACCCGAGUCCGUGACAUCGUGAUCUGCGAGGACGAGGACACCAAAAAGUUCGCGGCUAUCUUGACCUGCAACCACGAUUGCCAAACGAAGCUUUUGCGCACCGAACUGAGCUCUUGUCCUGUCGUGGCUGUCCGUACUCUCGUAGACGGUCUUCAAAAGGACACGGCCAAGCUCUUCUUGAAGUACGCUGUGGGUUCUCAGAUACGAGGCCAACAGGGAUAUACCGAUGUGGAAACUGGAAAAUUUGUGUUGUGGGACAUGGCACACGACAACCGCAUUCGCGGUCCUAACGAUGAUACCCAGGGACUUCUGCGAAGCUGGAGCGACGCACCGGGCGCAGAAGGUCGACCUCCAUCCGGUCCUCGCGGCGAUGGCUACUACAGCCGGAAUAAUAAGCGUAUGCGACCUGUCGAGCGUCCAGUCGAGCGUCCGGAGAAGCUCAUGCCUGAGACGGAAAUUGUCGACCUUGAUUACUAUGACUAG